AUGGACGCCCAUCCAGCCAACGCGUCGGCGGCACUCGCGUCGUCCACCUCGCAGCUCGCAGCUCCCGCGCCCAUCGACGUGGAGACCACCAACUGGAACGCCGUAAAGAUCCUUGCCGUGCAGCACGACAUCCCUCUCGCCCUGCUCGAGUCCAUCCGCGACACCGUCACCGCCGACCCCGAUGCCGACUUUGCCUCGCACGACUUUGGUCUGGCCACUCGCUUUGAAAUCACUGCCGUCCGACUCGAUUCUGGCCGCGUCGGCUUCCGAUUCCGAUCUCGUCGUCCCGACCACGCCGCAGCUUCUACGACACUCUCGCCUCAGCCUGUCAAGCCUCGGGCACUUCCAGCACUACAACAUGGCAUCCCGCGCUCCAGCUCAUCCGGCGCGGUCUGGACUCCUGAUCCGUCGGAUCCAACACCUGUCCCCGCAAAGUCCAACCUGAGCGCAAGCCUCUUUCGACGAACGGGCAACCUCAGCCUCAAACACUCCAAAUCCAUCCCCGUCCUGCGUCGCAAAGCUUCCGGCGUCUUGGCCCCAUUUGCCGCGCCCGAAGCUCCCAAUGCAACCCAUGCGGCCGAGCUCUCGACCAAUCACGCACCAGCAGCUGGUCACGACCAUGCCACGACCAUGCUCGCGCCAGCCCUCCCAAUAACCUCGCCGCACAAGUCGGCAGCAGCCCAGAAUUCUGUCGACCGUCUCCAUCCAUACCGCUUCGCAGCCGCACCGGCUCUCAUGGCGCGCACCGGAAGCUCUCCCGUCAACGGUCCCCAUGCCAAUCGCUACGCCACCGACCACAUCGAAGAAGGCGACGUGCUCGGCGCCAUUCUCGGUCUCGGUCACGCCGACUUGUGGGCAAAAGCGCUGCCCGACGUGCAAGUCGCGCCCCAGCACCGCGCACUUCAGCCCCAGUCUCGGCGCAGGCGCUCCUCCAGCAGCUCUUCAGGCGCUUCCCGUGGCAUCUCCGCCAGCCAGCUUUCACCGCCUCAGCUCCGCCUGCCUGACCUCAGCUUGGACUCGCAACCCUCCAGCUCCCCCAGGGUUCACCAGCUUAGAGAGGCGCAGUCCUUCGAGUCCACCGUCUCCGACGCUACAGCUCGCGGCGAACAGAACGAUCCUUCGAUCGAACAGAACCCGCUUGAUCUGCAGCCUCUCGUACAGACCCAAGAUGGAAAUUCCAGCCGCCUCGAUGACAAGACGCUCAUCUUUGACGUCCUUCAGUGCUACCACCGCCCGACUCCCUCAUCAGCCUCGCAGGCGUCUGGCUCCUUGCCAAGGUCGCAUCGGUCGAGGCUUGUACCACAAAAAGACCUCGCCUCCUCCGAACCUAACUUGGAUCGACGCGCUGCCAUGGAGGACUCCCCGGCCUCGGACUUCCUCGCUCAGGCUCAAGCUUUGCCCACGUCCGCUUCGCCUGGCGACGAUCCACGCUUUGCCGUCUGGGCCGUCAAAGGUGACACCAACGACGGCUCCUUUGUCGUUUGCAAUCGAUUCGGCCACACCGAGCACGGGUCCACCCUCUCGCUCACCUCGCCCGCCUCCACGACGACCUCCCCAUCAUCCACCACAAAGCGUCGCAACCGCAAGAGUCAGCUUCCGUUCGGCAGCAGCAGCGAUGCCCAAGACGCAACGCCCGAACGCAACGCCCAGUCGUCACAACCCAAGCCAAUGCUCCUCGCCGCAUCCGCGUCUCGUCUCGUCGCAGAGCUCACUGCCGAAAUCGACUUGCACCUGCGCAACGACUUUUUCUACACCUACCGCGCCUUUAUGACGCCGCUCGACCUGCUCGAGCUCCUCAUCCUCCGAUUCGAGUGGGCCAUCUCCGAUCCCACCUCGGCAGAGGACGAAGCUCGUCGCCGCAUCGUCCGUGUCCGCACCUACGUCGUCAUCAAGCACUGGCUCCAGCAUCACUUUGAUUCCGAUUUCCUCCCCAACCGCGCCUUGCGUCAGCGUCUCGCAGCCUGGCUCAACGCUAUGGCCAAGGACGAGCGCAUCACAUCGCGCCCAGCUGACAUGAACAUCGUCAACAGUCUGCGCAAGAUCGUCAGAUCGCUCAAGCAGACCUAUUCGCAGUCGGGCGUCGGCGGCCUCCUUCUGAAUGACGCCGGUCGACUCCCGGACAGCACGUCUAUGCGUCGCAAGACCGACAGCCUGUCCACCUUUGCGUCGUCCUCGCACGACUCGGAGUCGAGUUCCGGUAUGCACAUGAGCGUCGCAUCCAACGAGGAGCACGCUCCCAGCAGUUCCAGCUCCGUGCCAUCGACCACAGAGGACGUCAAUCUCGACUUUUCUGAGGACAACGGCUCACACGACGCGCCGCAUGUCCGAUCUCCGUCAUCCGAGCAUCAGCAGCAGAGCCCCGCAGCCAAGUCCUCCCGCGUGGAUUCCUCGGGCUCGUCGCUCGCUGCUCGAAAGGCGGCCGCAGAGUCCGUCUUGGUCUCGCACAGGCACACGCUAGCACCCGCUACGUUCCUUCCUCCCAGAGCAGCCCCGAGCUCCAAUAGCUCGUCGCCUGCACCCAUGCCGCAUCCCUCCAACGCGUGGUCGCGCGCUUUCGUGCACACGGUCGGCCGUCUGUCAAAGUUCAAGCGUGUACUUGGCAAUCGCGGUCUAGGAAUGGACAGUGCCAACGACCUCGAGGCCGAGGCCGAGCCGUGCCACGAUCUCCUCUUCGCCAAGGGCGGCCUCGAUAGCCUUCUGCAGUACUUUGCCAUCGAACAAGCUCGACGUCAGUCGUCCUCGGUGAUGCGCCAGACGACGCUCCCGCGCCAGCGUCCUUUGUCGCGUACCGAGGAGGCGAACGAGGACGAGGAAGAAGGCGGAGCCAGUCAGAUGUCGGAGGACAGCACAGGUCAAGAAGAGACACCCAGCUUGGCGGGUGCAUCGACAAACAGGUCCACGCCGGCAAGCUCGAUCGAUCUUAACGCCCUCUCUGAAAAGAGGGCCUCUAUCAGCAGGCAAGACGGCCGGGGCCUCGGCAUUCACAAUACCGACGAGGAUGUCCUGCACCCUGCCGCUUUGGAUGCUCAUGACCCGCUUGGUCUGGAUGCGUCCUUUAUCCGCCCGCUGGACUCGUUCGUCAAGCGGAGCACCAAGGGUGAAGAGCCGCUGCACCACGCCACCAGCGAACAGACGCUCCGCUCGGUCUCACGAGCCCCUUACGGCCGCGGCUCUGAGGAUUCCGUCUCGGCUGGUCGUGCCUCCAUCGAGCACGACUCGGGCACGUCUCGAAAGCCGCACGGCAUGCUUAGUCGCGGGCCAUCCAUGCGAGCUUCGGUCAUGAGCAAUGGUGCGCCUCGCAUCGUCCAGAUUGACGACAUCGAUCUGUCCAGCGACGACGACGACUUUGCGGUCCGCAAAGCUCUGCGACGGCUGCCGGGAGCGAGGGAUCUCCGGCAGGCAAACAACAUCCGGGACCUCGAGCCUCCCGUGUUGCAGGGCGGACGCGAAAGCUUCGACUCGAUGGCAUCCUCAAUGUUUCGACAUCCUGCAGCAACGCGUCAAGUGCACGUCGGCUCGUUCAGCCGCGGUCAUGUGCGUGGCUUGAGCGUGGACAGUGCUCUGCACGUGUCGGAUCAUCUUCUCGGCUCCCCUACGGCGUUGCCUCCAGCCCCUCCCAUGAUCAGCACGGUUCAAUCCGAGAUGCUCGAUCCCGACGAGGCGUUGCAAGGCUACGAGCUCGUCAAAGGGUUUCGGCUGGACGACAUCGAGAGCGACGACGAGGAGCCUGGCGAUGUCGAGGCAGCCCUCCGUCGGCUGGAAGGCAUCAUCGACGAGGAUCGGCAGAAGCAGAAGGCGAACCGCGUUGAAAGGCUCUGGCAGCGUUCGCUGGCGCGCAACGCACGUGCGGACGACGCUGACGGCAAAGACGAGGCAGCCUCGCUCGACAAGCGUGCGAGCCAGAUGUCGACGCACUCUGGCGCCGAUCGCACUCUGUCCUCCUCGCUCACUGGCGGCUCGCUCGCCGAUGCAGAAGACGAGGCGUCCAACGCAUCCGUGCAUCCUUGCGAGCGUUCGUACGACGAGGUCGAGGCGGCUUUGGCAGGGUCAGCGUCUGUGGACGACGCCGAGAUCGAGGCGCAGUCUUCUUUCCUCGACCUUCAAGAGAGCCGAUCGGCCUCGGAAGCCGAGGACCACGCCACCGCCACGCAGCCUCCUGCGGGUGCACCUGCUUCCGCCGCCAUACCUGUCGAGGGCAAAAUUGCCCCAACAGCGAUUUUUUCUACCGGCCCGGGCGCCGCGGCGAGCAAGUCUGCAGUUGCGGCGGAUCGCGCUUCGAUGGUCGCAGGCCUGCACCUGUCGCCAGGACGCGGCAUUGCGCCUCUGCCUCCCGUGCACCGAUCUUUCCUGCUCUCGUAUCGGUCCGAGUCGGUGGCGCGCCAGAUGUGCCUGAUCGAGGCGGAGCUGCUGCGAUCGGUCACGUGGGACGAGCUGGCAUCUUCAAGGUGGCGCGAGCGCCGUUUUGGCUCCGAGGUGACCGACUGGGAGGCCUUCUACCGCGACCGUGUGCGCGACCGCCUCGAGGCGCAGCGGCUCGGCGAGGUGCACGAGGAGCGCGCCGUCGAGGCGAUCGUGGCGCGAUUCAACCUGACGUCCAACUGGGUUGCGAGCGAGGUGGUGCUCACGCAGAACAUCGACGAGCGCGCGGCGGUGAUCUGCAAGCUGAUCCGCAUCGCGUGGAAGUGCUACCUGCAGUCCAACUUUGCGUCGCUGGCGCAGAUCAUCUUUGGGCUGAGCACGCCCUGGGUGGAGCGGCUGCGCAGGACGUGGAAUCGGGUGGGCUACUUCGAGAUGCGCAUGUGGAAGGACCUCAACAGCUUUGUGGGACCGCGCAACAACUUCCGCCACCUGCGCAACGCCAUGCUGCAGCUUGCCGACGGCACCUCGGGCAUCGGCGGCAACAGUGCCAGCGGUACCGCGGCUGGUGGCGGUGGUGUUGGCGAGGGAGGAAGCUCGGCGUCGAACCGUGGCUGCAUCCCAUUCUUCGGUCUGUUUGUGUCGGAUCUCAUGCAGUGCGAUGCCAUGCCGACACUGCUCGACCCGACGUCGCCAACGGCCGCUGCGACCGUCACGACGCGCCCAGAUGGCAAGCUGCGGCUGCUUCCGGCCGAGCCCGGCGCGUUUGCGUACCUCGCGCCGCUUCCUCCUUCGGUGCAUCUGGAGCCGCUGGUGAACGUGCUCAAGUUCAGGAGCAUCGCCGAGGUCAUCCGCCAAGUGUCGGCGUUCCAGUGCGCCGCCAAGAACUACGGCGCCAUGUUCGAGGCCGAAAAGGGCGCCUACGUGCGCUGCUUGAAGCUCCGAUGUCUUCCGGGCGAGCUGCUUGCGCGUCUGAGCCACAUGAUCGAGGCGUGA